AAAGAGCUGCAAGCAGCCUGAAAAACUUUACCAAGACACCACCCUCGGCGUUGUCAGCAGAUGGGCCUUCAAAUAAUAUUAGAGCUUAAGCUUUAUCAACUACCACAUUAAACCUGCGUACUUUUUCCACCAAGCUUCCUCUGAUAUGGUCUUAACAACACUCUCAACGCAUCCUAAUCUUUGUUCACAUACUCGCAAGACCUUUUCCCCUCUCGCACCUCGUUUCUUCUGAACACGGUUUCCAUGCUCUCACACCUGGAAUCCCGUUGUCUAUCCAAACCAUAAACCCUAGCUUCUCAAUAUUCGAAAAGCUAUAAACCAUACGAAACAGAAGAAAGCAUUGGCGACCAGCGUUUAUUUGGAUUUUUUUUUUCGGUUUUUUUAGUAUGCACAGAUCCGGAGCUGUGAUGGCCUGGAAUGUUUUCAAGUUCUGCACGGCCUUGCGGGGUCUCGGCUCGAUCAUGAUCCUGCUGGUCCUAGGGGUCGUCGGUGUCACCUAUUAUGCGGUCGUGUUGACCAAUUACGGUCCUGCUUUGUACGAUGGGGGUCUUGAUUCCCUCAUUGCUCUUGCUGUCUUGAUCUUAUUUCACUGUUUGUUGGCGUUGCUAUUAUGGAGUUAUUUUUCUGUUGUUUUGACUGAUCCGGGUAGUGUGCCACCAAAUUGGAGGCCCAUGCUGGAUGAGGAGCGAGGUGAAGCUGAUCCAUUGGCUGCAUCAGAUUUUGGUGUUAUGCCAACAGACCAAUCAAAUCAAAGGAUCCGAUAUUGUAGGAAGUGCAACCAUUUGAAACCGCCCCGAUGCCACCAUUGUUCUGUUUGUGGGAGAUGCAUACUCAAAAUGGACCAUCAUUGUGUGUGGGUUGUUAAUUGUGUUGGUGCAUUGAACUACAAGUAUUUUCUUCUUUUCUUGUUCUACACAUUUCUUGAGACAAGUGUUGUGACCUUGUCAUUACUGCCACAUUUUAUAGCAUUUUUUAGUGAUGGAGAGAUACCAGGAACCCCUGGGACACUUGCAACAACUUUUCUUGCCUUUGUCUUGAACUUGGCAUUUGCAUUGAGUGUUUUGGGAUUUUUGAUCAUGCACAUAUCAUUGGUUGCUGCUAAUACAACUACUAUUGAGGCAUAUGAGAAGAAGACUACUCCAAAAUGGCGUUAUGACCUCGGUCGAAAGAAGAAUUUUGAACAGGUUUUUGGGACACACAAGCCAUAUUGGCUUAUCCCAGCAUACUCGGAAGAUGAUAUACGACGAAUCCCAGCACUUCAGGGCCUUGAAUACCCAUCAAAGCCUGACUUGGAUGCCCAGGAGUUCUAAAAACCAGUACACAAUGAUCAUAAACUUGGAUAUCUGCAUUGUAACAGUAGAUCUGGAGGCCUGGGUACCUAUUUUGUUCUUUUAACCUUUAUGCUGUUCAAGUCAGUGGCACCUAAUUUGGGCUUCAGAUCCAGACAUCCCAUCCCACGGGCAUCUAUUGUAGAAAUAACGACAGAGAGGGUGAUGUGGGGGAGGGUGAGAAAUAGGGAAGCAUGAAAUGGAAGGUAAAGGAGCAACUCAAGCCGAGCAGUCCACGGGAUGCAGAACAGCAAAGCUUACUUGAAGAGUUGAUGUUUAUUUUGCAGUUUUAAUUAUCUAUUUUUGGGAAAUUUGGGCAUGUAGGACACAGAAUGAGAAUGCAAUGCAAUGCGCCUGUUGAUCUGUUGCAACGUCCCCUCCCCUCUCCUCCCCCAUGGCGGAGUUGUCUUUUGUUAUUUUAUUUUGAAAUCUGUAGUAUAUAGGGUGUUAAUUCUGUCAGGUUAAGCUCGUCUCCAGAGGCACUCUUUCUAAUGCUGAAUUAAUUAAUACGAAUACAAGGGAGGCUGUUUGGUGUUGGUUGCAA